CGCGUCGCCGCCGCCAGAUCCAGCCCUCAGCUCAGCCCUGGCAGGGUGGAUGGCCCUGCUUGUCAGCCCCCUCCUCUCCCAGCCAGGCCCCAGGGAGGCCUUCUGAAAAAGACGCUUUUGUUUCACCAGCUCCUUCUGGUUUCCUCUCAAGGUGCCUGACUGACGUCCUUAUCCCCAGGAAGCUGGUGUGGACAGAGGACUGAGCCUAGACAUGGAGGAGAAGGACUACGGGGAGGCCGAUGGCCUGUCAGAGAGGACCACACCCAGCAAGGCCCAGAAAUCGCCCCAGAAGAUUGCCAAGAAAUACAAGAGUGCCAUCUGCCGAGUCACUCUGCUCGAUGCCUCUGAGUAUGAGUGUGAAGUGGAGAAACAUGGCCGGGGCCAGGUGCUGUUUGACCUGGUCUGUGAGCACCUCAACCUCCUGGAGAAGGACUACUUUGGCCUGACCUUCUGUGACGCUGACAGCCAGAAGAACUGGCUGGACCCGUCCAAGGAAAUCAAGAAGCAGAUCCGGAGCAGCCCCUGGAAUUUUGCCUUCACAGUCAAAUUCUACCCCCCUGAUCCUGCUCAGCUGACAGAAGAUAUCACAAGAUACUACCUGUGCCUGCAGCUGCGGGCGGACAUCAUCACAGGCCGGCUGCCUUGCUCCUUUGUCACGCAUGCCCUGCUGGGCUCCUACGCUGUGCAGGCCGAGCUGGGCGACUAUGAUGCUGAGGAGCACGUGGGCAACUAUGUCAGCGAGCUCCGCUUCGCCCCUAACCAGACCCGAGAGCUAGAGGAGAGGAUCAUGGAGCUGCACAAGACGUACAGGGGAAUGACCCCAGGAGAAGCAGAAAUUCACUUCCUGGAGAAUGCCAAGAAGCUUUCCAUGUACGGAGUAGACCUGCACCAUGCCAAGGACUCUGAGGGCAUUGACAUUAUGUUAGGAGUCUGUGCCAAUGGUCUGCUUAUCUACCGGGACCGGCUGAGAAUCAACCGCUUUGCUUGGCCCAAGAUUCUCAAGAUCUCCUACAAGAGGAGUAACUUCUACAUCAAGAUCCGGCCUGGGGAGUAUGAGCAGUUUGAGAGCACGAUUGGCUUUAAGCUCCCAAACCACCGGUCGGCCAAGAGACUGUGGAAGGUCUGCAUCGAGCACCACACGUUCUUCCGGCUGGUAUCCCCAGAACCCCCACCCAAGGGCUUCCUGGUGAUGGGCUCCAAGUUCCGGUAUAGUGGGAGGACCCAGGCACAGACUCGCCAGGCCAGUGCCCUCAUCGACCGGCCUGCACCCUUCUUUGAGCGUUCCUCCAGCAAACGGUACACCAUGUCCCGCAGCCUUGAUGGAGCAGAGUUCUCCCGCCCAGCCUCUGUCAGUGAGAACCAUGAUGCAGGAGCUGAUGGUGACAAGCAGGAAGAGGAUGGCGAGUCUGGGGGACGGCGAUCGGAGGCCGAGGAAGGAGAGGUCAGGACCCCCACUAAGAUCAAGGAGCUAAAGUUCUUAGACAAGCCAGAGGAUGUCUUACUGAAGCACCAGGCUAGCAUCAACGAGCUCAAGAGGACCUUGAAGGAACCCAACAGCAAACUGAUCCACCGGGAUCGAGACUGGGAGCGGGAGCGCAGGCUGCCGUCCUCGCCCGCCUCCCCCUCCCCCAAAGGCACCCCUGAGAAAGCCAAUGAGAGAGCAGGGCUGAGGGAGGGCUCGGAAGAGAAAGUCAAACCACCACGUCCCAGGGCCCCAGAGAGUGACACAGGAGACGAGGACCAGGACCAGGAGAGGGACGCGGUGUUCCUGAAGGACAACCACCUGGCCAUUGAGCGUAAGUGCUCCAGCAUCACAGUCAGCUCCACAUCCAGCCUGGAGGCUGAGGUCGACUUCACGGUCAUUGGUGACUACCACGGCAGCGCCUUCGAAGACUUCUCCCGCAGCCUUCCUGAGCUCGACCGAGACAAAAGUGACUCAGAAACCGAGGGCCUGGUGUUCUCCCGGGAUCUUAGCAAGAGGGGCCCCAGCCAGGAUGAUGAGUCCGGGGGCAUCGAGGACAGCCCGGAUCGAGGGGCCUGCUCCACCCCGGAUAUGCCCCAGUUUGAGCCUGUGAAAACAGAAACCAUGACAGUCAGCAGCCUGGCCAUCAGGAAGAAGAUCGAGCCGGAGGCUGUACUGCAGACCAGAGCCACCACUGUGGACACCCAGCAGGUUGAUGGGACUGCCCCAGGGGGGAAGGAGUUCAUAACAACUGCUCCCUCCAUCACCACAGAGACCAUAUCGACCACCAUGGAGAACAGUCUCAAGUCCGGGAAGGGGGCAGCUGCCAUGAUCCCAGGCCCACAGACGGUGGCCACGGAAAUCCGUUCUCUUUCUCCGAUCAUCGGGAAAGAUGUCCUCACCAGCACCUACGGCGCCACUGCGGAAACCCUCUCCACCUCCACCACCACCCAUGUUACCAAAACUGUGAAAGGAGGGUUUUCUGAGACGAGGAUCGAGAAGCGAAUCAUUAUUACUGGGGACGAAGAUGUUGAUCAAGACCAGGCCCUGGCUUUGGCCAUCAAGGAGGCCAAACUGCAGCAUCCUGACAUGCUGGUAACCAAAGCUGUCGUAUACAGAGAAACAGACCCAUCCCCAGAGGAGAGGGACAAGAAGCCACAGGAAUCCUGACCUCCGUGAAGAGAUGCUGGCAUUUCUGGUCCAACCCAAGCCAGAGAACCGUUAAGAAGGGGCCUUCAUUCUGGAUUCUCCGACUCAACACCAACGUCCCAGCUGCAACGUACUGUCACUGAUGAGAGACUGGGAAAGGAAAAGCAUAUAUAUAUAGAUUAUAUAUAUAUAGAUAUAGAUAUAUAUACAGGAAACACUGCGUCCUUGCACUGCUGCCAGGGCUGGCCGAGCAGUUGGCCAACAGCAACAACCAACAUCUGAACACCUACGUUUCCUUUGCAGAUAAAUUGAAGAAUUGGUGGGAUUUUUCAGGGAAAAAAAUUACAAUGACGAUAAUCUCUUGCUCUCCCCUUCAAAGCCCUGCGGAACGUCAAAAGCAAGCCAGAUCACGAAGAUCGUAGAAGUACAGUACGACCCUGGUUCUGCACGUUACAUCUGGUGGACAAACAUUCCAUUUGUUCUCCGGCGUCUGUUGCCCACUUACUCAAGUGCAAAGGAAAACCCUUUUGCAGCAAAGCAAGAUAAGUCGCAGCAGCAAGACACGCACUGUCAACUGUUUUCCAAGAAAGAAAGGAAAUUCCCCACUUGGAAAGGAGGAGGAGGAACACUGGAUUAUUAUUUUUUGGGUCUUGACACUGGGCUGCAAAAUCCUUCCUUUCUUCCACCUCCUCUCCCUCUCACAAGUCUUGUCAUCAUUUUCUGUCUGGGCUCUCUCCUCCCUCUCUCCCAACCCUGCACCCUUCGCCCUCUGUGUCCUGGUCCUGCUGAGGGCCACUGCAGAUGACUCUCACUUGAAAUGAGAAAGAGGGAAAGCAAGAACAGAAAACCAAGCCACAGGAAGGGAAGUAGACAUUGUGUGUUUAUGGGUUCUCAUUAUGAAGGUGCAGCUUGUAGGAGAUUUGUAUGGAUGUGCUUUUAAGUUAUGUAUAUUACAUAUAACAGGAAACCAAUAUUAAAAUAAACAGUGCUGGUAAGUAUAAAGCUGACAUUUAAAAUUUAUAAUUAUCUGACUGUGAUUGAUGUAUUCCAAGGUUCCUAGAUCUCACUGAACUGGCCCAGCCAAGGGGACCCAAACUCUGGCUGUGGGUUGCUCACAGUAGGAGCUGAUAGUUCAGUGUAGUAAUACAGUGUGUGGUGUUUGUCAUUGGUUGAUUGGUGGGGAGGGGCAGGGUCCCCAAAAGGAGAGGCAGGGGUUUUGCAAGAAGGAAGAAACACAGAUGUAGUCCAAGAUGCCUUUUCCCCUGGGCAGUAGCAGCCAGGGCCUGGUUUGUGCUCAGGAAUGGGGUCCGGAGUUAGGAUUUUGCUGCAGAAUGUCCCCUGGCUCAGUCCCCCUAGCUCCCUAGUUAGAGACUUGCCUCAGUUUUCAGUCCACUGUUUGUUUGUUUGGUUGAGUUUUUUUUAUUUUUUUUUGUUUUUUUUUUUUUUUUUUUUUUUUUUUUUUUUGCCACGUUUUGCCUUUCCCUGACUGAAUUGUCAUAGCUAACUCCCUAUCCCACGGGAGGCAAUGCCCCUAGCCACUGCAAUAGAUGGUGGCUUUGACCUGGCUGUCUGAAAAUUCCCAGCUCUUUUUCUUUACCACUCCUGUAUUCUGUCUGAAUUAUUCUCUUCUUCCUGAGCCAAAGCAGCCAUGGUAGAGACCAUGAACACAGGAGGGACCUGGUAGGUCAAAAGUGCAUUCCAGAAGGCUUCGCCUACCCCAGAACCAGCUGAGGAUGGAAGGUGGUACUGCUCAAAGUCUCCGUUGAUGCAUAAGACCCCGGCUUUGGAGACCUCCCCUUGAGUCAGGAUCUGCGCCUGUGCCCUCAGAGUCCCAAAAAUUGCCUCGAGACCACAGAAGCCCUUGGGAAAACCUGAUCAAAAGGUUAGCACACAGGGGCUUUCCCAGGCUUUCCUGCCACAAGCUGCUUCCCUGAGCUCGGUGAAUCCCCUUCUGAGGGAGCCUGUCUCCACUGCACUUUAAUUUCUCAGUCCCACCUCACCUCUCCAAUCCUGCUUCUAAAGCAGUUGAUAAAGUCAUUCAACACGUAUUCAUUGAGUAUCUACUUGUGCCAGGCUCUAUUCUUGGACUGAAGGAGAGAGUGUGGGGGGGAGGGGUGGAACCUGGGAAGCCCACUGAAUGAGCAUUACAUUUCCAACUGUGGCUGGCCCCUCAGAGCAUUUCCACAUUCUCUCCAGUUAUUGGACAUUGCCCAGGGAGGCCUUCCAGAGAGCCUGGGCUUGCUUCUCCGUUACCCUGAGGAUAUAUAUGCUUAGCUGCUUCCCUGGUGCUGACCUGAGGCAGGACAAGAAACCAGAAUAGUCUGCCUCUGCGGGUAAAAAUGGGAUGGAGAGAGGGCAGGGAGCCCUGAACCUGGGGCUCAGAUGGCAGAGUCCCCCAGAGCAGGCCCUGUCAUCUGCUCUAACUCCCUGAGUGUGACAGCACAUUUUCCAUGCACCAGGUUCAUUUUACAACUGUGGUAAAGAAGCCACAGAACUUCCUUCCAGCCCUUCUCAACCUGAGAACUCCCACUCUUUCUGGGUCAAGAGCUGGAGUGGCUCCUCUCUGGGCCAUCCGGAAUUUGGCUCAGGCACUCCUGUCUUUGUUGGAACCAGGCAUCCUGGACACACUUCAGAGGGAGAGUAUUUUCUCUGGGUUCUACACCUGCCUACAGACCCUGGGCAUGUGGCUUCAGUCAGGAGUGAAGUGACCAAGCUUAGCUCGUGGGCCAGCCGGGGUUUGUGGAGAUCUCUGUCCCACAGAUGCUCUGACCUUCCUCCACGGAGGGGCAGGCAUGCCACCAGGGAGAAAGGGAGCUGCAAAGCUGAAAUCUAGGGCACUGUUUCCUCCACAUCCUCUUCUUCAUAGAGAAUACAGAUGUUUGUCUUGUCUGUCUUCAACUUACUUUUCUUUUUUUCUUUUUAAUAUUUGUCAUCCUUUCUGUGCUGCCUCUCCACCCAGGAGAUGAUGUAGCAUAGUGGAAAAAGUCCCAGAGGGCAGUCAGGAGUUCUGGAUAGCCAUCCUGAGCUAGUCCUGUGCCCCCUUUGGGGCCUCAGUUUCCCUAUUUAUAAAACGAGGAGGAUUAAACCAGAUGCUCUCCAGGAUCUUUUUCCGCUCUGCCAUCCUAUAAAUUUUCAUUUUAUUUUGCUUUCUCGGGAUCUUUUCCAUCUGAGGGUACAGGAAGCGCCAGGACCUGUUUCAGUUUUUGAAUCCUGCGAGCACAUUCCAAGACUGGCCUGAAAUUGCAUGAGCAACAUCACUCUAAUUUUUUUUUUUUUUUUAAAGCACCUUACCAACCAACUGCGAUGCUGUCCUGUUCCUUUUUACUCACACCCCUCUCUCCUCUCUGGUCCCUGCGCUCCCCCACCUCAGUGCUCUGUGCUGUAUGCGUGUGCUCUCUGUUCUUGUAUACUCAAUAAAAGUGAAAUAAAUGUGUUUGAUGCUGAACCACAA